AUGGAGUACAGCCUGCGUGAACCCGAGGAGUCCUUUUUCUUGGUGUCUGCUCCAUCUACACCCACAGCACCUCUCGAAUUUGCUUGGCCUGGUCGGAAUACUCUUCUCAAUACUGCGGUCUCAUCGUUCUGGCAACUAACAAUGUCACGCGGUUUUAAGGCUCUACGAAGGUCCAUCAAGGGUGGAGAGAAGGACCCCAAACCCCAUAUUACUAUUCAACCGAAAUCUGCCGUCGCCAUUGUCCCUCCAAAGAAGGUUAUAAAAGCUCUUUACGAUUACGAAGCACAAACUCCACAGGAGCUCGGCUUUUCACGCGGCGAUUUCUUUCAUGUUAUCGGCCGUGAAAAUGACCAAGAGUGGUACGAGGCAUGCAACCCUGCGCUACCAGAUGCUCGUGGUCUCGUGCCCGUCGGAUAUUUCCAGGCCCUUGGGCGUACGGAACGUGAUAGCGGCCAGUCCCAGACCGGUUCUUUGGGUUUCAAGACCGUAGAUAGCGAUUCGGGAUAUGGUGAAGGCUCGGCAGCCUCGCCCCCUGGGGCCAACGCAGGACACCGGAUUUCGAAGACCCCUGGCAAGAACGGUGCCAUGGUUUAUGGUGUCGUUUUGUACGAUUUCCAAGCUGAACGGGCAGAUGAAUUGGAAGCCAAGCAGGGCGAGGCCAUCAUUGUGAUCGCCCAGUCGAACCCCGAAUGGUUCGUGGCAAAGCCUAUUGGGAGACUUGGCGGCCCGGGUCUGAUCCCCGUAUCCUUCGUUGAGAUUCGGGACAUGGCGAGUAAUGUUCCUGUCCCGAAUCCCCAUGAAGCAGUACGAAAAGCUGGGAUUCCGAAGGUGGAAGAGUGGAAGAAGAUGGCCGCAGAUUACAAGAACUCGAGCAUAACUCUCGGCAAGUUUGAUGUCGGUGGUGGCGGUGGUCAACAACCACUCGACCAGGCCAUGAACCGCUUGACGUUGCAAGGAAGCGCCCGGUUAAGCCAGCAGACCACUCACACCCAGCAACAAAUACAGGGUCAAGGACAAGCCUAUGCGGCGAGGCCAACAUCGAUGCUAUCCGCACCCAUUGCAGCCCGGGUUCCGAGGUACUGCUUUGCCGAGGAUAAGUACUGGUUCGUCAUCGAAACCGAACUAGAGGAUGGUCGGUGCUUUGAGCUUUCGCGGUACUACGAGGAUUUCUACGACUUCCAGAUUGCGCUCCUGACAGAGUUCCCCCUUGAAGCUGGAACUACAGGCGGCACAACGCGAACGCUACCCUACAUGCCCGGUCCUGUUAAUUACGUGACUGAUGCGAUUACGGAAGGCCGCCGCCACAACCUUGACUCUUACGUCAAGAGUCUGCUCGAGCAACCACCACACAUCUCCCGCUGUAACCUGGUCAAGCAGUUCUUUACUCCUAGAGAGGGUGAUUACGAGAUCGACCCUAGCGUUGCUCGGGAGGAAUACCGAUUUUCGGGAGGCUCUGGUCCGUCUCCUGGCUCACCAGCUGACGGCCUGUCACUACAGAGCACAGCCGGCGGUAACAGAUACUCAGCCGGUCUGGGUGCUCCUCAGAGACAGUUGAGCAUUGGCAACGGCCAACCACCCAUGAACCGCCAGAUAUCAGGACUCACGCAGGCUUCGCAGACUUCGUUGUCGCCUGCUAUCAUGCAAGGUGGCGCGCAAAUGAAGGUGAAGCUGCACUUCAAUGGCGACAUCAUUGCAAUCCGCGUACCCAAUGAUAUUCCUUUCCAAGCUCUUCACGACAAGAUUCUUGACCGUCUCAAGAUUCCCCAGGGCGAACACGUUCAGCUAAGUUACAAGGACGACGCCAGUGGCGAGAAGCCUCCUCUGAUGAACGACGAGGAUCUCGAUAUUGCACUGGGGCGGAACGAGAAGUUGCUCGUUUACGUGGAAUAA